CCCGUGCGCGUCAGUUAUCCUGGACGUCUAUUUCAAGGCCGAGAUGUCACCGAUGAGUAGCAACAAUCGCUCAUACAACAUGACAGACACAAGUGAUGUCGUGGGGCCGCUCUGGCAGGCGCAGCGCGUCUCGUCCUUCCAGAACCUCACGCGCAGCCUCGACCGGCGCAAGCCAACGAUGCGCGUGCUCUGGGUGGCCGCGGCGCUCAUGCAUGCGAUGGCGGGCGCCUUUCUAGGUGGCAUGGCGUAUGCCCACCUCUACCUGACGCAUCCGUCGCUCGGCUACGACUAUGUGACGGUGCUGCACCUCUACCGCCCCGUGCUCACGACGGUCGCGACCUUUGGCGCGCUCGCGAGUCUCCACGGCCUUCGCCUGCUCCACAUGCUGCUCCGAGCGCUCAAGCCAUCGCGCCGCGUUGCACCCUCGAGCAAGAGCUCCACCUCGCGCAACUCGGAGACGGGGUUGCAUCAUGUCGUGCGGUUGGGGUGGCGGCACCUCCGGCUCGUCGGUGUCCACGGACCGUACUUUGAAGUCAAGGUGGCCUUUCGGCACCUCUUGGUGUCGAGCACGAAUACGUACCGCGCGUACCGGACCGCGCUCCUCGUCGGCGACCCAGCUAUCAACACGACGGUCUCCGUCAUCUUGUGCCUCUACGGACUCUGUCUGCCGCUGCUGUGGAUCUCGACGCAGCGCACGUCGAAAGCGAGUCGGCGGCUCUGGACGAGCCUCGUGCACGUGGUAUUGAACUUUGGUAUGAACAUUCUACUGCCGACGUGGGUCCUCGCGCCAUACGCCGACUUUUUCACGCGGCCGGACGCGCUCGCGCUGCAGUACCAAGACACGUACUACCCGGUUGGCAUCGCGAUCUGCCAAACCGUCCUCAUCACAUCGCUGCUGGACUACGGGCUCAUGCUCUUUACCCAGCUCUUCCUCUUCUCAGCGCUUUACGACUUUGUGGCGUGCUUUUGCAGUCGGCGGCGGCUCACUGCGACCGAGCUCGUCGCGGACGAAGCAAACCUUCGCGAAGCCCUCAAUGUCGUCCGCCGCCGCCUCCUCUCGGUGCGUUAUAGCGCCAAAAGGCGGCUCGUGCCCGGUCACAAAAUGGGCUUCUUCAAGCGUCCAGCGACCGCCAUUGUCCCGUUCGAUGUCACGACCGCGAUCUUCCGCAAGUCGACGCGCAAGCAUUCGUCGCGCAUGACGCUCUGUGUGGGGUACAGCAUCCUCGCUGGGUACCUGCUCACAAUCGUUUGGGGCCUCGCAAUCCUUGGACUCAACUUUGUACCGUGGUACGAGGUCGACUGCCCGCGAAGCUGCCUCGCGCAGACACGGCCCUGGUUUACCCGUACGUGCGCGUGCUUGGCCCUCGAGGCGACGUGCGACCCGGCGUCGCAUGCGCUGGACCUCGACUUUGCCGUUGUGAGUCCGACGUCCGUGGUGUUUUUGAUCAUCUCGCACUGCCCGCAGCUCAAGAUUCCAGCCAAAGUAUCGAGCAUUGUGAACCUCGUCGGGCUCCUUAUCUACAACUCGACGCUGACAACGUGGCCAGAGGAUGUGACCGUGACGCACUUCCAGCGCACCAACAUGACGACGCUACCACUCGGGCUCCUCACGGCGCCGUCGAGUUCCUUUAUCGACUUGGAGGUGUCGCACUCCAACCUCCGCGACCUCGGGCUCGCAGUGAGCCACUUGGAGACGCUCUCGGUCGUGUAUCUUGAACACUGCGCCUUUAGCGAGUAUCCGAUGGAGCUUGUGGCGCACGCGAGCAUGAGCGGCUUCUCGCUCAUGCACAAUAGGCUCACUUCGAUUCCAGACAAUGUGUCCUAUCCAGCCUUGAUGUACCUCGGCGUCUCGGGCAACCCGACGCUUGGUCACCUGCCCGACGCGGUCGUCAGCCAAUCGUCCUUGGGGGAAGUGUCUUUGGAGGCGACGAACGUGACGACGCUGCCGCCGCCGACGUCGUUUGGCCCGAGCCUCGGCGUGUUGGCCAUGAGUGGCACGCCCUACUGUCUACUGAUGAGCGAGAAUGCAUCGGACGACAGUAUCGUCGUCUGUGACGUUGGAGAUUACGUGGACGGCUACUUUCCCUUUGCCCAGAUUGUUGCCCAGCGCGCAGCGACGUACAACCUGUUGUUUGACGACGAAAUGGAAUAG